AUGUCCGACAAGAAGCAAGUUUUCGUUCUCGGCGGCACAGGCUACGUCGGCGCCUCCGUCCUCCAGAAGCUCGUCAAGCACUCUCAGGCGUCGCAGAGCAAGUUCACGGUGCUCGUGCGCUCCGAGGACAAGGCGAAGAAGCUCGAGGCGUUCGUCGAGAGCACCGGAUUUGGCAACGUCAAGGUGCUCCUUGGGUCGAACGCGGACCACGACAGGCUCGAGGCGCAGUCGGCCAAGUCCGACGUUGUGUUCUCUAUGGCGGACUCGGACAAUGUUCCCGCUAUCAAGGCCGUCCUCGCUGGGAUGAAGAAGCGCUUCGAGCAGACUGGGAAGGCCCCCAUCUUGAUCCAUACUUCCGAAACAGGUAUCUUGAUGGACAAAGCCGAAGGCCACUUCGAAAGCCAGACGGUCUACGAGGACACGAAUAUCGAGCAAAUCGAGGCGCUCCCCGACACGCAGCUGCACAGGGACGUCGAUCUCGUCGUCACCGCCGCUGGCAAGCAGGGAUAUGUCAAGACGUACAUCGUGCUGCCGACGCAGAUAUUCGGACUCGGCAGCGGCCCGCUGUUCGACGCUGGGAUCGCUCAUCGCCACUCGAUCGUGGUUCCGUUCUUGAUCAGGACGAGCCUCGCGCGCGGUGCGGCAGGUGUGGUCAACGAGGGCCUAGCCAAGUGGGCGUGCGUGCACAUCGACGACACUGCGAACCUGUUCAUCGUCGUGUACGAUGCGGCGCUCUCAGGCGAGGGCGCACACGGGCGCGAGGGGUACUACUAUGCGGAGAACGGCGAGUACAAGUGGUACGACCUCUCCAAGGCGGUCGCGGACGCGUUGGUGGCGCUCGUGAAGACGGACAAGGCGGGACCUACGCUGUUCACGAAGGAGGAAGGCGAGAAACUGGGCUUCUUCUUCUCUGUCCUCGGGACGAACGCGCGCUGCUCCGCGAAGAGGAGCCGUGCGCUUGGAUGGAAGGCCGCGCACGCGGGCGAUGAGAUUUUGAAGAGUGUCAAGCCUGAGAUGGAGGCGAUUCUCCAGGCUGGCAACUUGUAG